CACCAGAUCCAGAGACCACCCAGAACCUGCCCUUUCUGCACCAUGAAGCUUGCCAUCACCUUCGUGCUGGCCAUGCUGGCUCUCUACUGCAGUCCUGCAUCUGCAGGCAACAUCUGCCCAGCCUUCGCCCACGUCAUUGAGAGCCUCCUCUUGGGCGUGACCUCCGACUACGAGACGUCCCUGAAGCCCUUCAACCUUGAAGACAGCUUGAAGGACUCAGGGAUGCAGAUGAAGAAAGUGCUGGACACCUUACCCCAGAAGACCAGAGAGGACAUCAUGAGGCUCACGGAGAAGAUCGUAAAUAGCCCACAGUGCGCUUAGGAUGGGAGAACCCCAGGCGGACGCCCUCCACCUGCCAAAGCCCCUUGCCCCAGCCCACACCCCCUUGAUCCUUCUCCUUCCCCCAGCCAGUCCCUGUGUCCUUCAAUAAACUACAAGCAUGU